AGAGUCCAAGAAGGAGGAAAAACAGAGGAAGGGACUUGCUGCUAAACUAGAGCUGGCCAAGUUCUUACAGGAGACCAUUGCUGAGAUGGCCAGGAGGAACAAAGCAGCUGUUGGAGAUGAGACUCAGAAGUUCUCGACUUACGUGCAACAGGUGAGGCACACCGGUGAACAGCCCAGCACUAAAGACAUUGUGAAGUUCUCCAAGCUCUUUGAGGAUGAGCUGACGCUGGAGCAUCUGGAGCGGCCGCAGCUGGUGGCCUUGUGCAAACUACUGGAGCUGCAGCCCAUCGGCACCAAUAACCUGCUGCGUUUCCAGCUGAUGAUGCAGCUGCGCACCAUCAAGACUGACGAUGAG